AGACUGCGAUCAGACUGAUGAGAAUGACAAAAAUGAAGACGAGUUCACCCUGGAGGAUGUAUUGCGUUUGGGCGGGACAAAGGCAGAUUAUGUCAUGCUGGCCUGCAUCAGUGACUCUGCCGAGCUCAUCGAUGGUGCAAAGAAAGGUACAAUUGAUGAUCUGGAGGAGGGAGAGCUGGAAGAUUUCAUAACAAAGCUGGGCAUCCGUGCUUAUGCAGAGCAACAAAUCAUUCAAGAUGAACAGGAUGAAACAUCCCCAGAGCCACCCAAAAAGGAGGAAAAAAAGGCGAAAAGCUCCCAAAUGAAAGAGGAUUCGCAGUCUGGUGAGAAAAAUGUUGUUAACCCCUUAACAGAAGAUAUGAAAACCCCUGUUCAAUCUACAGAACUUGGCCAUGCUACAGGAAAGAAGGCCAAACAGAAACACACAAACUUGUUUGAGUUUAUUCCACGUCAAACUCUGCUUAUCAAACUUGGAGGGAAAUGGUUUGAUAUAGAGUACACCUCGGAGAGCACGUCUGUGGCUCAGAGCGAAUCACUGGUCUUUCAGUACAAGGCUUUGGCUCAGUAACUCUAUGAGAAUGAAAUGUCCCUCUACAAAAGCAAGAAGAACUUCCAGAAAGGUGCCAACUCUGCUUGGAUGAAGAGUGUAGUGUCCACAGGAACUUUGACCGAUAGGAUGGCAGCUAUGACUGUGCUAAUUCAGGAUGCUCCGAUUCAUAGUCUCGAGCACGUUGAGAGCCUUGUGUCUCUGGUGAAAAAGAAAGGAAGUCGUAGACAAGGCCUUAUGGCCUUGGAUACUCUUAAGGAGCUGCUGCUUACUGACCUUCUUCCAAAACACUGCAAGCGUCACACUUUUUCCCUGCAUCAUUUUGAGCAGCUGGAGGAAAAAGCCAGUGGAAAUAGGGAUGCCCGGGACCGCAGGCCCAUCCUGUGGUACUUUGAGCACCAGCUGAAACUUAAGGUAGCAGAUUUUGUUGCCGCACUAGACGAACUGGCUCGCGAUACGGUCCAGGCCACCAAAAUGCGAUCGCUUACCACCGCCUAUGAGCUGCUGUGCAAUCAGCCGGAGCAGGAGAAAGUGCUUCUUGUACAGAUUGUCAACAAAUUGGGGGAUCCUGAAUACAAAAUUGCUUCCAAAGCCUCGCACCUGCUGGAAACGGUGCUUCACAAACACCCCAACAUGAAGACAGUGGUGUGCUGUGAGGUUGAGCGCCUCAUGUUCAGACCCAAUAUCAGUUCCAAGGCUCAAUAUUAUGCCGCUUGUUUCCUAAACCAAGUAAUUCUGAGCCACGAGGAAGCAGACUUGGCUGCCAAGCUUAUCACCAUCUACAUCAUGUUUUUCAAUGCAUGUGUUAAGAAGAAGGAUAUUGAGUCUAAAAUGCUCAGCGCUCUGCUAACAGGAGUGAACAGAGCCUAUCCGUACGCAAAGAUUGGGGAUGAUGAUGUGUGCAAGCGGCUGGACACGCUUUUUAAAGUGGUGCACAUUGUCAAAUUCAACACUGCUGUCCAAGCCCUUAUGCUGCUCUUUCAGGUCAUGGACUCCCAACAGACCAUUUCAGAUCGCUAUUAUGUAGCACUCUACAGAAAAUUGUUGGACCCAGGACUAUCGUCAAGCUCAAGAAAGAGCAUGUUUCUCAACCUCUUGUAUAAGUCUCUAAAAGCUGAUAUAGUGCUGAGAUGGGUGAAGGCAUUUGUGAAAAGGUUACUUCAGGUCAGUUGUGAACAGACCCCUGCCUUUGCAUGUGGUGCAUUAUUCCUCGUGUCAGAGGUGAUGAAGAACAAGCCAGGCCUCAAGUUACUGCUACAGGAGGAGCGGGAUGAGGAGGAAGAGAUGUAUCAGGACCUCGAAGAGGAUGUUGAUGAUGACAGCAUUGCUGAGGAGGGACUUGUGGGUACUGACAAAGAUGAAAAAAUACAGAGUGUGAAACAAUGCCAGAUGAAGCCCACUGCAUCAUGGGUACAUCAUCAAAACAUGGAAGGUAGUUUAAAUAAGGUGACAUAUGACCCCAUGAACAGAAACCCUUUAUACUGCGGGGCUGAUCAUACGGCCAGAUGCAGCUGA